AUGUUGCUCUUCUGCCCCAACUGCGCCAACAUCCUCACCGUCUCCGCCUACGCUGGCGUGCGCAACCGCCUCGAGUGCCGAACCUGCCCCUUUGAGCACGCCAUCACCGAACCGAUCUACUCCCGCCGCGACUUUGAGCGCAAGGAGCGCGAGGACGUCUUUGGCGGGCCGGGCGAGUGGGACAAUGCCGACAAGGCACGCGCACAGUGCCCCAAGGACGGCUGCAACGGCGAGGAGGCCGCCUUCUUCCAGGUCCAGAUUCGUAGUGCUGAUGAGCCUAUGACUACGUUCUACAAGUGCAUGUCGUGCGGAAACAGAUGGAGAGAAAACUGA